AUGGUGGUGCAGAAGGCACUGUGGUUGGAUCCCCAUGUGGGGGACAUUAUUCAGAUGUGGCAGGCACAGGCUAGCACGGCGAAUGGCACAGUGAAUGGCACAGUGAAUGGCACAGUGAAUGGCACAGUGAAUGGCACAGUGAAUGGCACAGUGAAUGGCAUGGUGAAUGGCACUCCGAAUGGCACUCCGAAUGGCACUCCGAAUGGCACUCCGAAUGGCACUCCAAAUGGCACACCGGCUAGCCCAAUAGCAUGGCCGUUGGCCAGUGCAGAUGCCCAACUGGCCGAUAUCGAUGAGGGCUGUGAUAGUGCCAGUCCCACACGCCACACCCCCACCACGGUGCACGAUCGCCCGUCAUUUCAUGACCAUGUGCAGCAGAUGGUCAGCCGCUUCAUGAUCCGUGGCACCCAUGGGCCCAUGCAGACAUUGCUCGACUGGCGCACAUAUGGGUUGAAGAUCCAUUACAAUAGCACGGCGCCGGGCCAUGUGGCGUGGAUGGGAGCCGAUGAGCUGUUGUACAAGGAUCUGCAUUUCACGAUGGGUGAAUUCCGUGGGUUCAUCCACAGGCUGGUUGGGGCCACACGGGAGCUGCUGUGUGAACUAUUAUGUAUUGCCGAUGGUUCCAGCAGCGCCCACACCCCAAGCACCAUGCCGCUGCCCGCCAUCCCGUGGCAGGGCUUGUAUGAUGAUCCCACCCAGGGGCACCCGGGCUGGAACUUUUUGCAUGAUCGCCGGACCCGGUGGCCCGUGGAUGGCCGGUGGUGGAUGAUCCAGCGGCUGCGCACAGAGCGCCCCGUGCAGCAGCAAUUCAUGCGCCGGGGGGCGAUCCACGGCCCAUUGGUGGCACAGUAUCUGGCCCGGGUGGCCCGGUUCAAGGAGAAACUGGCCGUGGCCAUCCAUAUGACGGCAGGGCAGCCGGCACGGGCCCCCGAGCUGCUCAGUGUGCAGUAUGUCAACACGCCGAACAACCAAUUCUGCAAUGUGUUCAUUGAGGAUGGGAUGGUGACACUGGUGACUGCAUACCACAAGGGCUUCCAUGCGAGCAACGACAGCAAGCUGAUCCACCAGUAUGUGCCACGGGCGGUCGGGGAGUUGGUGGUGUGGUAUAUGUGGCUGGCGAUGCCAUUCAUUGACCAGUUGACAGCGUGGCAGGCCGGCACUGCGCAUGGCACGGUGAAUGGCACGGUGAAUGGUACAGUGAAUGGCAUGUCGAAUGGCACAUCGAACGGCACAUCAAACGGCACAGCGAAUGGCAUAUCAAACGGCACACUGAAUGGCACAUCGAACAGCACAUUGAACGGCACAUCGAACGGCACAUCGAAUGGCACAUCAAACGGCACACUGAAUGGCACAUCGAACAGCACAUUGAACGGCACAUGGAAUGGCACACCGAAUGGUACGGUGAAUGGCAUGUCGAAUGGUAGACUGAACGGCACAUCAAACAGCACAUCGAACGGCACACCGAUUGGCACACCGAUUGGCACACAGGCCGGCACAUCAAAUGCCAUGUCGAAUGGCACAACGAUUGGCACAUCGAACGGCACAUCGAAUGGCACAUUGAACGGCACAGCGAACGGCACAUCAAACAGCACACUGAAUGGCACAUUGAACAGCACAUUGAACGGCACAUGGAAUGGCACACCGAAUGGUACGGUGAAUGGCACAUUGAAUGGCACACUGAAUGGCACGGCGAAUGGCACACGAGCCGGCACGGUCGAUGGCACAUCAAACAGCACAUUGAACGGCACAUGGAAUGGCACACGAGCCGGCACGGUCAAUGGCACACUGAAUGGCACGGCGAACGGCACACUGAAUGGCUCAUUGAUUGGCACGUCGAACGGCACACCGGCAUGGCAGCCCCCCAGCCCAUAUUUAUGGGGCCCCGACCCGGGCAUGCAGCGGCCAUGGACCCCUAUACCCUAG